UAUAGUUAUGCUUGAAAACAGUGGAUAUUUAUAGAGUUUAGACAUGUAUAAUUAAAGACUGGAAUACUUUUGAUAUGCCUCUUCAUUAUUGCAAAACGAAUGUGUAUGAGAUGACAAAGGUGGUUUUAGUCUCACGACUUGAAUAUAAAUUGUAUUUUAAUGGAAACCCCUGCUUAUGUUCGAUACUUAUUUGGACUAUUAUCUAAAGCUCGUUUCCAAAAUAAUACAUCCGCCACCAAAACUAUUCCGUACGGUUCCUUUCGAAAUGUCGACUACAGGGAAGGCAUAGAAGGCUUAGGCAUUGAUUAUGAUACAGACCAAAUCAUUCGGUCUACGUCAACAUUGGUUUCAGUCACAAGCUUCGAGAUGACAACAUCAUUACCGACUAAAAUAUUCAAACAAUCAACAUCAUAUUCCUAUAAUAUCAGCGAGCGCACGGAUUAUUUGUCAACAAAAGCACCGUUUAAACCUGAAUCGUAUCAUCAUAGACUUAAAGAAAUCAUUGACGGACUAACAGCCGAUUGUCUUCACGAGCAUCAUAGACAACCACCACUCAAUACAGUCGAGCUUUACUGUUAUCGAACAGUUGACAAUUUUGGUGGAUGCUGGCCUGAUACUUCAGCUGGACAAAGGGCUCAAAUACCGUGCCCUAAAUUACCUAGCUUUAAUGUCCAUGCCUUCGCCUACCGAGAUUGUACAGAUGAUGGUACCUGGUUUGUGCAUCCAAAUACUUCCCAAAGAUGGGCAAAUUACAGCGAAUGUCGGCAGAAAGAAAUACCAGAAGUGGAACACAUCUACAUUUUUGUCGGAGGCUUUGUGGUGUCCCUAGUGAUGCUGAUAGCAUCUCUGAUCAUCUUCUUCCGUUUCCGACAGCUGCGUUGCGACCGUAUUACGAUCCACAAAAACCUCUUCAUCUCGUAUGUCUUUACUGGCAUAGCUUGGACAUUGUACUACUGUUUGGCUGCCAUGAAUGGAGAUGUGAUUUCUACAAAUCCGAUUUGGUGUCAGGUUCUCCACGUGUUGUGCCAGUACUUUAUCGUGUGCAAUUUUAUGUGGAUGUUUUGUGAAGGACUCUACUUGAACAUCAUCAUGAUUUACGCCUUCAAUUCUGGCAAAGCAUUGCUUAUAACCUGUUAUAUCCUUGGAUGGGGAUUGCCCGUUUUAUUAACAGUCGUUUACGCCGUUGUUAGAGGCAGCAACUCAUCAAUGACCACUGAUUGCUGGAUUGGCGACAGUGCCCUUAUAUGGAUUGUUUAUGGACCGAUAGUGGUAUCAAUCGGGGUCAAUGUUCUCUUCCUGAUCAACAUCGUACGUUUGUUGAUCACAAAGCUGAGACAGAUGCCAGAAGCGGACCAAUCCAGAAAGGCUACUCGUGCCACUCUUAUACUGGUACCACUACUUGGGUUACAAUACCUCUUAAUUCCCAUUCGACCGGAGGAGGGAACCAAUCUACACGAGGCCUAUCACAUCGCAGUUGCUCUGUUCACGUCAUUACAGGGCGCGUUCGUUUCUAUGAUGUACUGCUUUUGUAACAGUGAGGUCAUACAAGUGCUACGUCGCCGCUGGAACCAGCACAAGCUGAUGUACCGCAGCUCCGCUCGAGCCUCGAACACACACGCCAACACGUACACGACCACGGAACCUGUGACGCAGGCCAACGCAACCUACUUCAGCACCUCAGACAACAAAGAGCCACCACUGGAGAUGUCGAAGAUUGGAUCCUAAAUCUACUUAUCGUGGGACUUGAAGGCAUUACACUGUAAAGUGCAUGUGUAAAUGAACACCUUGUUUAAAUAUAUAUGGCUUAUGAACAUGCAUAUUAAUUUGUAAUUUUACAAGCAUUUAUAAUUACUUAAAGAGGCCUUUUCACAGAUUUUGGCAUAUUUUGAAGUAUGUCAUUAAAGCUUUAUAUUGAUAAAUGUAAACAUUGGAUCCUAAAAGCUACAGUAAAAAAUCAAGAAUAAAAUUUAAACAAGGAAAAAAAAUAGCCGGUACCAGGGCUCGAACCAGUGACCCCCGGAGUCCUGGAGUUAGUCUGAAGUAAAAACGCAUUAGCCCUCUCGGCUAUUCCGCCGAGUGUACACAGAAGAAGUAUUUUAUAACAACCAUAACCCUACCAUCUUAAGUUCCUGUAGGUUGAUUUUCCGUGGUGAAUUGCAGAUGCAAUUUCACUUAUUUAAUAUGCAUGUAUUUUAUUUGUUUUGUGGUAUAUUUAAAAAUAUUGAUAAACAUACAAAUCUGAUCAACUGUGUAAGUUGGUUUUAUUGUGGAAAUACCUUUGUCGACCGACAUGUAAACACCCGGGUGCGAUUAAAAACUGAAUUCUAGUAUUAUAUUCAAAAUGACAAAUAAAACAUAACAACAAUCCUCUCCACGAUCAUCUCAUAUGCAUGCAUUAAUGUUUAUAAAAGACACAAGAUGACAUUUAACACUACAGAUACUGUUAAUGACGUGUUUUGCUUUACCUAAGGGUGUUCAUUUACAAGGACGUAUUGAUGUUUGUGUUUAUCUGCCGACAAUCAGUAGUCGUCUUUCAUUUCUGUGUUAACCGUUAAAAUAGUUGUUGUAUCAUGCCGGUGUUAAGUGUUGUAAGCUGAG